ACCAAAGUAUCCCAACCUGGACAACGAAGCGGCACAACCACUCUGAAGAUUUCGGGACGGAUUGCUAUUUCUGUACAUUCUGAUCCCCAUCGCGAACCGGCGGUUAUAAGCUCUCCUCUGCCCGGCGUUCUCGUCAGUUGCAGCGCUUGGGGUCGUACCGAGGCUUAAAUCCAGUCACCCACUUCGACGACCUAUACCACUGAGUUGUAUAGAUGCUCCCAAUUCAGGUAGAGUGGACCUGCAUGAAUACUCAUUCCACCAUCCUGGCGCAAUCAGUUGGUGUGUCCGCUAAAAGCCUUGACGUGUGCUGCACAUCAUCAGAAGAGGCUUGAUCACGGCUGGACCCACUCGUCUGUUGCAGGCUUCACUCUUUUCUCUCCGAGAACCAAAUUUCAAAGCACCACAGAGAACAUUGUCGGUUUCCAGCAAAGAAAUGUCUGCACAGGUGGUGCUGCCAGCAAUCCAUUCGAUCAAUAUCACACAUCAAAUGCGGAAUGAUCGAUUACCUUCGAUCUUCGAUACCUUCGUCGAGAGAAGCGCCAUCCGGGCCGGACUCGAGGCAACUGCGGCAGCAGUCUUACAGGAAGCCAACAAACAAGCCUCGCCACGAUACGAGCACCACGCAAUACCGCGAACGGAUCCAGGAAUGCUGAGCUCACCAUACAGUCGACCGAGCACGGGCCUUAAACUCCGAACACGAUCGACGUCACUUUCGGAGACAGGCGUGCAUCAGCAUGGAACGACCCUCGCCAACUCGCCGUCGCUCUACAGACACGUAAUCCAGAGAGACGAGGGUAUGCCAGAUCGUCUACCGGCUGUGUCUCCUCCCGCAGUCACAUCGCCACAAUCCCAACAACUCCCUUCGAUCCGACAUCUGCAACUAUCCGAGUUGGCCGAAGUCGCGACACAGCAGGACACGCGAGCACCGCCUCAGAUCUCACCGACCCAUCGCCAACAUAGCCAUUCUUUGAGUUCUGCGACGUCCCGCUCGUCAUCGAAUCCUUUCUUCACUUUCUCGAAUAACAACAACGACAACAACAACAACAACAACAUCAACGGCCAUGCUUCCUCGAUGCCUUAUCCUCUACGCAGGACUUCCAGCAUCGGCGAUUCAUCACAACCGUUCUCCACCCCGAACUACAACCCCGAUCGACGAGCUUCCGCCGCGACCGGGACGGACAGCCAUCGUAACUACUCGGCUGGAAGCCAUUCCUUCCGGAUAGGCUCGCUGUCCGAGGAGAGCGCGCAGCACGAUUCCCACAUGGACGAUUACAGCGCAUCCCAGACCCCGGUCGAUGGGAUGAUGUCAAAUAUGGAGAACUCCUCGCGGCUGCUUCCCCCGCUACCGGGCAUGAUGUCGUAUAAGUGUGACCACGACGGCUGUUCCGCGACCUUCCAGACGCAAUAUCUCCUGAGUUCCCACAAAAACGUCCACAGCUCCGUCCGCACGCAUUUCUGCCCCGUCAAAGGCUGUCUCCGCAGCGAGGGCGGCAAGGGCUUCAAGCGGAAAAACGAGAUGAUCCGACAUGGCCUGGUGCACAAGAGCCCCGGUUACAUCUGCCCCUUCUGCCCCGAUAUCGAGCGCAAAUACCCCCGUCCGGACAAUCUGCAAAGACACGUCCGCGUCCACCACGUCGACCGCGACCGCGACGAUCCCGCCUUGCGGGAAGUGCUGGCCCAACGCACCGAGGGGGCCCUGCGCGUGAACCGACGGCGCCGGACGCUCGCCACGAUCAACCUCCAACACCGGCCGGACGACAGCUGCUGAAGGAGCUCUUAAAGAAAGCAAGAUAGCCACCGAGCACGCCCCCGAACGCCGAUCCGUUUUGGUUUUCCUCUUUUCCCCGGUUCGAUGAUGAUUCACCCAUUUUUUUGGAGUCGGACCCGCAAUGCCUUUCUCCUCUUUUCCGUUUCCUCCUCGCGUCUUCACGACGACUCUCUCGUGUGGACACACUCCCUUCCUUCCUUCCUUCCUUCCUUCCUUCCUUCCUUCCUUCCCUCCAUCUGUGAGGGGGAGCCCCGAUGACCGACCAAGCGGCUCCCCCCAAAAAAAAGUUUUAUACCUACCUGGGGCGGGUGG